AUCCAUUUCUACUGCUAGUUUCGUUGAUUCAAGUUCGCGUUGCUAUUGUUUUCAGUAUUUUUCUCAGUGAGAAUAAAUUUUUUUAUUAACUCAUCUUAAAAUAUUAAUAAUAUUGUUAUUUGUCUAAAUGAUGUCAGAAUUGAGGGAAAGAAAAAGUGAAAAUAAACAACGCUAUAAUGUUGACGAACGAGAUGUGCAAUAUUUUUCAGCAUUCGCUAAUACUUGGUGGGAUGAUACAGGAGAACUUAAAGUGUUGAGAGAGAUGAACCAAGUGAGAGUUCCUUUUAUUCGAAAUGGAUUGAUUGUGAAUAAUGAUCCAGAAUAUUGGGUCGAAGGUCAAACAUCGAAUACAUUGAAAGGAUUUAAAAUUCUUGAUGUUGGAUGUGGAGCUGGAGUAUUAUCAGAACCACUUGGGCUUUACGGGGCAGAAGUUGUCGGAAUCGAUCCAUCGAAAGAUCUGAUUGAAGCAGCAAAUAAUCAUCUCUCUAAAACCAAGGAGACACACAAGCUUAAUGUUUCUUACUACAGUGAAACUAUUGAAGAACACGUAAUGAAAUAUCGUGAGAAAUAUGAUGCAAUUAUUGCCAGUGAAGUUGUUGAACAUGUUGUUGAUAAGAAAGCUUUCUUAAAAUCAUGUAUUGAAGCAUUAAAGCCUGGUGGUUCUAUUUUCGUGACAACACUUAACAAAAAUUGGUUUUCUUGGAUUUGCGCGAUCAUUUUUGCUGAAUUUAUUCUCGGAAUAUUACCAAAGCAUACGCACAUUUAUGAUCAGUUCAUAAGUCCAGGAGAUGUCAAGGACAUGCUUAAAGAGUUGAACUGUCGGACUAUCAAAAUUUUGGGAUGGCGCAAUGAGUGGUUUUGGAGCAAGUACAAGUUUCAAUCAAAUACAAGCAUUCAAUACGGAUUACAUGCAAUAAAGCAAGCUAAAACAGACAACUUUCACUAAUUCAUAAAAAAAAGAAGCAAUCCAAGAUAAAAACAAACGGACAAUCGGAUAUUUUGAUUUGUCUCCAAAAUUUGGUACAAUGUUUUAUGAAUAAAUUAAACCAAAACUGGUUUUAUUAAUUUUAUUUCAAGGUAAAAGAAAAGUUACUGCAUCAAUAAAUAUACAUCACCCAUGAAUGACGGUGUUUCAUUGUUUUAUUCUCUGUGGAGAAGAAUUUGAAACGCGAAAGAAUUUUAUGUUACAGAGCAAACUAGAACGAAUAAAUUUUAAUGCUGCUACUCUAUGAAAAUAUUAGAUCAUCAUCAUCACUAGAAAUAUUUGAUUUCAUAGACUAAUAAAAGAC